AUGAUCACCGCUGACGAAAAGGCGCGGGCAAACGACUUUUUGUCCUUUGUCAACGCUUCUCCAACCCCGUUCCAUGCUGUGGCAUCUGCAACCAAACGCUUCACCGACGCCGGAUUCAAGGAGAUCAAGGAGAAAGACUGCUGGUCAGACGUUUGCAAGCCUGGAGGCAAGUACUAUGUCACCCGCAAUGGCUCUACCAUCAUUGCAUUUGCUGUCGGUAACAAGUGGAAGCCUGGCAACUCAAUUGCAAUGAUUGGUGCCCACACGGACUCUCCAUGCUUGAGAAUCAAGCCUGUUUCCAAGCGAACCAACGAAGGUUUCCUCCAGAUCGCUGUAGAGCCCUACGGAGGUGGCAUAUGGCAUACAUGGUUCGACCGCGAUCUCGGUAUCGCAGGUCGUGUGAUGGUAAGACAACAGGAUGGCACCAUUGCCUCCAAACUGGUCCACAUUGAUAAGCCAAUCCUCCGUAUUCCAACUCUGGCUAUUCAUCUGGACCGCACAGAGACCUUUGCCUUUAACAAGGAAACCCAGCUUGUUCCAAUCUGCGGCAUGGUAGCUGCCGAGCUCUCCAAGACCAAUGAUAGCCCCAAACCUGAGGAUUCAGGAGACUCGGUAUCCCCGUUCAAAAAGAUCACUGAGCGCCACCACCCUUGUUUGAUCGAGCUCCUGGCCUCCGAGCUCUCUGCCAAACCGGAUGACAUUAUUGACUUCGAGAUGCUUCUAUACGAUACCCACAAGUCAUGCCUUGGUGGUAUGAUGGACCAGUUUAUCUUUUCCCCGAGACUUGAUAACCUCAACUCCUCCUUCUGUGCCACCGUUGCUCUAGUCGAGUCUCUUGCGAAGCCCUCGGCCCUGGAGAACGAGACUGCCAUCCGCCUGGUCGCCCUCUUCGACCACGAAGAAAUCGGAAGCAGAACCGCUCAGGGUGCAGACUCAAACAUCCUCCCAGCCAUCAUCCACCGUCUGUCCAUGCUUCGCGUUUCUGGCAGCAAUUCCGACGAAGACCUCUCUACUGCAUAUGAACAGUCUCUUUCCACCUCCUUCCUCGUCUCUGCAGACAUGGCUCACGCCGUUAACCCAAACUAUGCCUACAAAUACGAGUCCGAGCAUAAGCCAGAAAUCAACAGGGGACCAGUCAUCAAAGUCAAUGCCAAUGCCCGCUACGCCACCAACACUCCAGGAAUUGUGCUGAUGCACGAGGUUGCUCGCGCGGCCGUUGCAAAGAGUGAUAUUUCCUCGGAUUCUAUCGUACCAAUGCAGUUGCUGGUUGUUCGCAACGACUCUAGCUGCGGCAGCACCAUUGGGCCCAUGCUUUCAGCCGCUCUUGGUUCAAGAACCCUCGACUUGGGAAGCCCACAGUUGAGCAUGCACAGUAUUCGAGAGACGGGUGGAACAAAGGAUGUUGCCCUUGCAACGCGACUCUUCACCAGCUUCUUCGAGAACUACACCGCCUUGGCACCUAAAAUCCUCAUUGAUUAG